GCAGGUCCAUCAGCACAUCGCACCGCCUCCCCUUGACUCACUGACCCCGAAUGAUCAGUGCUUCCAGUGCCUGCCGCUCGUGACCGCGCCAUGGGCGCUCCCAUCGACCAUGCGCGCUGUUUCCUCUCUAUCGCCGUGUCGGACGGCCCAAGGGUUAUCUACUUGCGAUCCAGCACGCAAGGGCAGUGCAGGAAGUACCCGAUCAUGCCCUCAUCACCGAACGCGCUGGCACUUCCCCUCCCCGUUCAGGCGACCGGAACGCCAACGACAGCCUCAAAAUGGUCAACAUCGACGCGUCUGCCGCUUAUCUUCGACCUGACCUCGGUACUGCGCGCAGUGGGGAGGUUGAAGGGCGCUACGCCGACGAGCACGGAGUCGGCAAGACGAAGAGGGAACGAUAGGCUGCCGGUCGCACCGGCCGAUCACACGACGCGCCCUUCCUUUGGGCAGAUCCUCGACGAGGCGGCGGCGCUGCACAUCCCCCGCGUCCGAUCGCCGUCCCCCGCAUCCCCCAUCGAGCUGGUCUCGCGUACACCAACUUCCAGCCAACCGUCGCCAUCCUCUCCUCCCGCGUCCCAUUUCCCAUCUGCCUCUCCCCCACGUACCAUCACCCCACCCGCCACAUCACCUUCCACCUCAACCCAUCCACGAACAACCUCCCCACCUCCCAAGAGUACCUCACCCCCCACCCACCCCUGGAUCGCCUCCGCCCCCUCCCUCGCCCCACCCGCCCGCUUCCACCGCACCCCGCACAUCACUGCCGCGCUCCGGCUGCACCGCAGCCGCACCUCCUUCGCCGACGUCUCCGCGCACGUCACGCAGAUCAGCGAGUGGGGGCGCGCCGGCGGCGGGUACUGCGACGUGCACACGGGCGUGCUGGACGGGGUGGGGCUGGUCGCGCUCAAGAAGCUUAGGAUGCAUGUGGGCGUGGAUGGUGGGCGGGCGGAGAAGCGCUUCCGGCACGAAGCCGACACCUGGUGCCGCCUCGACCACCGGCACGUCCUGCCCUUCUUCGGGCUCUGCGUCGACGGGCCGACGCUGUACAUGUGCAGCCCCUGGCAGGACCGCGGCGACCUCCCGCACUACCUCAGGGAGCGACCCGACGUGGAUAGGCUGGUGUUGAUAACCCAGACCGCGGACGCGCUGCACUAUCUGCACGCCAACGGCAUCGUCCACGGGGACAUCAAAGGCAAGAACGUGCUCAUCUCCUCCACCGGCGACGCCCUCCUUUGCGACUUCGGCCUCGCCAUCGUCCUCUCCGACCUCGCAGUCCUCUCGGGCAAUCCGUCCGACCUGAAUGGCGUGGGCACGGGGCGGUAUAUGGCGCCCGAGUUGUUUGCGCUCACCGGUGAUCAUGAGGGGGAUGGGGAGGGUGAGGGCGAUGUGGCGAAGACGAUGGCGAGCGACGUGUUUGCGUUUGGGAUGUUGGUGGCGGAGAUAAUCACCGGCCACGUCCCCAUGCACCACCUCCGCUACGACAUGGCCGUCCUCUUCGCCGUCGCGCAGGGCAAGCGGCCGCACCGACCCACCGCCUGGCGCGAUACGCACGAGGAGGUGCUGUGGCUGCUCGCCGAGCGCUGCUGGGACGCGGACCCGAAGAAGCGGCCGGCGAGUAAGGAUAUUCAUGACUUUUUGCGGUGGUAUGUGCCGGUUAGUAGGGGGGAGGAGGUCGACGCCGAGACGGAACCUCUAUUAUGGGCACACAUUGCUCCGCACGUACGGGAAAAGGAACGUGUUACGCCCUUGCCGACAACGGCGCGGCAUAACUCCUCGUCCUCGACUCAGACGCCGCGAGAGACGGAGGAUAGGCUGCGCAAAACGUUGAUGAGGGAUACGCAAUUCGUGCGGCUGAGGCGCGCACUGGUGGGCUUGAUCGUGCUCGACUUGGCGAUCGCUUUGCUCGCCGUUGUUCAGCUUGUCAUCACCGGCUUGUUAUAUUCCAGCGCUCCACCUGCGCUUCACGACAUCUGGCCGCUCGCCUUUACCGCAUCAGGAUGGACGGUGCUCACCUACGCCCCGCUCUUCGCCUUCCAGCUGAUCGCGCUCGUUUUCUUGCGCGGAUUCCGGCUCUCGAGGCUCUUCACCAUACGCGCGCGGCUGGCGUAUGCGAUCGUGGCGUGUGCGCUGUUGGUGGCGGAUGCGGGACUCUUCACCAGUCAGAGGAGGCACGGAGAUGGGAAGGAUAUGAGUGCGGAUGGAGUCAACCUGCUCGUCGUACAUGAAGCGCUCGCCUGGUCCCUCGCUGCGCUGACAGGCUUGGACGCGGGGUGUCAGGCGCUGAGGAUGUGGGGCGUCUUGUUGGCCGUGCCGAGCUCGACGGAGACGGCCUUGUCGCGCAGCUAUGUGCUUAGUGCAUGAGCUAACUUCGUACGCGCACCGCCGAUAUCAUCAGCUACGGUCGACCUGUCUGCGACAGGCCGAAUCAGCCUCGACUUCGCUGGUAUGGGUGAAGUGUAUGGAUGUUGAUGGUCCCUUUGACGAGGGAUUGUGGCAUCCGUUGUACUAAUAUGAAAUCUUGUAGUAGUACUGCUGACUGUUGUACUUGUAGAUUGCGUUCGUCAGACAGAUGAUUUCAUGACCUCUGCUACGACGUCAGCCGAGGGGCACUAUCUCAUGUUGUUUCCUAUGACCUGGAGGCGA